CCCACUUGUGUGCAUGAGUUCUGUAAACAUGUUGUUAUUCUUCUGUCUUAGGCACUCAGCCACCCACUCUCCACAGAAAUCUCACCAAUGUGGUUACUGUGAAAAGACCUUCCACAGAAAGGACCAUCUGAAAAAUCACCUUCAGACUCAUGACCCCAACAAAAUGGCCUUCAAGUGUGAAGAGUGUGACAAGAAGUACAACACCAAGUUGGGUUACAAACGACACCUGGCUCUUCAUGCAGCCACCAGUGGGGACCUUACCUGCAGGGUGUGUUCCCAAGAGUUUGGAGGCACUGAAAUGUUGUUAGAACACCUCAAAACUCAUGCAGGGAAGCCAGGCAGCAGCACCAAGGAAAAGAAACAUAAGUGUGACCAUUGUGAACACUAUUUCUAUACCCGCAAAGAUGUGCGGCGUCACAUGGUGGUUCACACAGGCUGCAAGGACUUCUUGUGCCAGUUUUGUGCCCAGAGAUUUGGGCGCAAGGACCACUUGACUCGCCACAUGAAGAAAACACAUCCACAAGAGCUGCUGAAGGGCAGGUUGCAGAAUGGUGACUUGCAGGGUCUCUUUGCCCCUUUCUCUCCAUUCAGACUGAAGGAAGAUGCCAGUAUCCUGUCCUCUUUUCCUGAGAGGGCUUCUAUGCAGCAUGGGCUUCCGAACACAUUAGAAGCAGAAGAGUAUAGCAGCCCACAUAUUAACUGUCAACAAAGCCUACAGUCUACUCAUCCCUUUGAACCUCCUCAUUUGCUAAGGAUGAGCUGUGUAGAUAGUCUCUCAGCCACUCAUUCUAAACCAUCUCCACCAUCAAUUCCUACCAACCAGAAUCUUCAUCGGCACAACAAAUAUGAACUGAGUACUACCUCAUUUGCACCAACAUCCCUCAAAAGCCUACCCAUCGAAGUGGAUGUUAAAGCUCAUAAUGUGAAUUUGCUCGAGGACCUGCCUUUACCAGAACCUCACAAAGUCAAUCUGGAAGAAGCUUCCUUGGGGGCUGCAGGCGAUGCUGGCAAGUACAUAUUGCACAAGGAGACUGUGACAACAGUUGAAUCUAUUAGCAUGCCCUCCAUGGAUCUUACUCAUAUACUGGGUUUCUGGCAGUUCCCUCAGAGUGAUAACCAGAAUAACAGUGGGGACAUCACAAUGGCAUUUGGUCAGGAGGAAGCACCACACAGGCUGAGCUGCCUCAGCCAUCAGCAAGGUGCACAGCUGGCUCUGGGUGGAGUGGCCUUAAAUCAGCUUCAUCAUGUCCCACAUUCUUUUCCAUCCAGUACAAAUUCUGCAACAUUGCCUCAUUUUCACCAUGCAUUCAGAUAACUACCACCUUUUUUAGGGCUCCUUUUCAUACCCAGAUUUGCGAAGGAGAAAAGCCCUAAGCCAUCUUAAGAACGUUUAAAAAGGACAUUAUAAACAUUGUAGAAUGUUCCAGGAAGUAACAGAAUGAAUAGAUGUAUUUUAUAUAAUACUUACUAGUUUCGUAGCAUAUGACACUUGCAACAAUGCCAUAUUUUCCCCUCAAUACCCUCCAUGUUUUUACACUUAAACCAAAUAGUUGAACUAGUGUUCUCCAGUGGAAAUACAAAUGUAUCUAUAACAGGCACAAAACAUGAUGGCUGCUAUGGGGAUGAGGGUGGGAAACAUAACUUUUUAAAUGAGCCAUGACUUGCAGUAAUUUUAUACAAAUGACUUGAACAUUGUUCAUAUGUAGAAUCUAGGAGGGUCCAGUAGGUUUUUAUGGCAAGCACUUAAUCACUGAGCUUUAAGAAUUUUUAAUUUAAGUUGUGACUUCCUUCACUUAUUUUAUCUCCUCUCACUUUUUUGAAAACAAAACAUGGCUGUGGUGACUAAGUUGAACUAGAAUUUGUUUUUUUGAAGUGCACUUCUGCUGUGUGUGGAGAUACGGUGUUUUCUCCAGGGCUGGAAAUAACUACCACCGUCGUAGCCUAAGAAUAGAUGUCUUGUAUAAACGGCUUUUUCUGAAGAGGCAAUACGUGGUUAAGACAAUACAUUGAUUUUAAUUUAGACCUUGAUCCUGCAAGAUGCUAGGCAUUCUGGGCCUAAUCCAAGAAAGCACUUAAGCCUAUACUUAGCUUUAAGCGCAAGUAGUCCAUUGACUCCAGCACACUCAGCCACUUGCACAAUCUAACUCUCAGGCUAUGUCUACACUAGCACUUUUGUCGGCAAAACUAC